UGAAAUCUCAAUUGACAACAGCAAAUUUCAUCCUCAGUUAAUGAACGUAAUUUGUUUAAAAAACAAUUGGUAUGCGGUGAUUGAUUGGUUAAAAAAAAAAGAAAGCUUUAUAUAAGGUGUAGUGAAUAUAUUUUAUUCUUCAAUAAUAUUUAUCUAAAAUUGCCAAAAAUGUAAUUUGAUAGGAAUAUUAAAUGUCGAGAGAAAAAAAACAAUAACCAACGAGAAAUUAUUUAUUCUUCUUCGAAAUUAAUAAUACAAUAACAAAAGACGGUGGCAAACAAUUAAAAAUGAAUUCGAAAUUCGUAGCACGGAUAAAUUGAAAUCAAUUGCCAAGCUUUGUACGUGAUUACAAAUAUGAAAAAGUCACAAGUGAACAAAAUUUUGAAAAGAAUAAUAAUUAAAAAGAAAUUUACAUGAUUAAUUCUUCCUGACUGUAAAAGACAUUUCAAAUACAUAUAUACUAAUAUGAGUAACGUAACAUCUCCAAAAGUUACAUUAAGAUCAGUGCUACGACUUAAUAAUGAUGAUUUAAAAGAGUUCAUAUGCGGUUGGGGUGCAGCAGUUAUUAAUGUUUCUAUUACCUUUCCUCUUAAUAAAAUCAUAUUUAGGCAGAUUUUAGAAGGUGUUCCUGCGAGUACUGCUCUUCAACAAAUAUCACAAGAAGGAAUAAGAUUAUUGUACCGAGGCAUUCUACCACCGUUAUAUCAAAAAACUCUAUCGCUUAGUUUAAUGUUUAGUACAUAUGAAGGAUGUAGACAAAGACUGUGCAUGUUAACAGGAAAUGAACUUUUUGCCAAAAUAUUAGCUGCCAAUAUGGCUGGKGCUGCAGAAGCAAUUCUCACUCCACUUGAAAGAGUACAAACGCUAUUGCAAGAUUGGCGAUAUCAUAAAAAAUUGAAAAAUACUACUCAUGCAUUCAAAUAUCUACUAACAAAUUAUGGAAUAGCAGAAUGUUAUCGUGCUUUAGUCCCUAUCAUCUAUAGAAAUGGAUGCUCUAAUCUUAUGUUUUUCACUCUUCGCGAUCAAUCUAAAUUAUUAUUAGGUAAUCAGGAAUCAUUGUUAACAAAUUUUUGUUGUGGAGCUUUAAUUGGUGGAUUUACUAGUACAGUAUUUUAUCCUAUGAAUGUGAUUAAAAUACAUAUGCAAUCGAAGAUAGGUGAACCGUUUGAAAAAUUUAUAGCAGUGUCUCGUGAAAUCUAUAUUUCUAGAAACAGGAGUAUAAGAUGGUUUUAUAAAGGUGUGCAUUUAAACUACAUACGUUCUUUUAUUAGCUGGGGUUUAAUAAAUGCAUCUUAUGAUUUUCUCAAAACUAUUAUAUUUUAAGGAAGUUACAAUGUAAUGUAUGUGAUAGUUAAGUCGAACUUCAUGUACAUAAGUAAUAAUAGCAAAAUUUAUUUUAUUAAUUGACAUUUUUAUUAUGUAAUUUCUCGAAAUGGUGCGUUAAGAGCAUAUUCCUCUUGCUAGUACAGAAACAGGAGCACACAGAUAAGACUUAUUUAGCGCGCAAUAUAUUAUAUAAAUAUUAAUUUAGCAUAAUUUCUUUUUAUAGACAAAGUCCUAUAUAUAACGGUGCAAUAAACAGCAUUCAUUAGUAAAAAUAUUUAACAAUAACGUUUAAUACUUUUAUCCAGAAACUGAUCUUUAGAAACUAUUUGACGAUUUUAUUCGUAUUACGAGUAUUUUGAAUUGAUUUUUUUAAAUCUUUGAUAAAAUGUAACUGCACUCAAUGACACUAAAUAAACGCGAAAACAUAAACAUUGAA